AUGCAGACCCCAGUGCUCAAACCAACAGUACUAGCAGAGGGUGAUACCCAAACACAAGCCACAAAACAGGAUAUCCAUAAUUUACUACAGCAUAUUGAAAAGUUUCUUGUAGCCAAUCUGGAGAUGGUCAAAUUUGAUAUUUAUGUGAUGACAACUAGACUACAGGCACAUGAGGAAGACAUUAUACACUUACGCCAAGAGCUGUCCACUACCAGAGAAUCACUGCAACAGGUCCCAGACUACAUCCUAAACUACCUUUACCCAGGUGGUGGACUGAUGGGAAAACAUUACAAUAUGAGGCAUACUGAACUCCAUCAACACACAGAUGAACUUCCUCAGACACCUCACCACUUCUCUUUUGCCAUCUACACAGGCAAAAAAAAGUGUUCGAUGGGUUUUAUUGCAUAA